AUGGAUGACGAUCAAGAAAUCUGUAGGGUUUGUAGAAGUGAAUCUACGCCCGAUCAUCCUCUUUACCAUCCAUGUAAAUGCUCCGGUAGUAUUCGUUUUGUGCAUGAAGACUGUUUAAUAGAAUGGUUAUCGCACAGUAAAAAAAAGUAUUGUGAAUUAUGUGAACAUCCUUUUACAUUUUCACCUAUUUAUCGUGAUGACAUGCCUGAAAAAGUACCUUUACAUGUUUUAUUUUCACAAUUAGUUAAUCGUUUGACAGCUUUACUUAAAACUUGUUUACGAGGAUUAACUGUCAUAACAGUUUGGUUAAUCAUGCUACCUAACUUUACUCUUUGGACUUGGCGAUUUUAUUUCUGGAGCGGUGAAAAUAUUGGAUUUAAUACACAUGUUUCAAAUUUACUGUUUAAUUCAAAUGAAACCAAUACUAUCCUGGAUGUUAAUACAAAUAAUACGACAAGCAUUUCAACCAACGAUAAUCUCGGAUCUCAAUCUUUCUUAGUUCAAACAUUAAAAAACUUUUUAUCAGAUUGUGUUGAAGGACAAAUUAUUACAGCUUUCGUCAUUAUUAUUUUUGUUGCAGCUUAUUUGUUCAGAGAAUGGGUCUUGCAAAAUUUACCUGCUGAACAACCUAAUUUACAAUUAAACGAUGAAGAUUUUAAUAUUAAUCAAAAUAAUAAUAAUAAUAAUCAACAAUUAUUACAAGAACAAGAAGCCAUCGAUACUUUGUUGAAUGCAAUGCAGGUCAUAAAUCCAACUACUGAUAAUGGGAUGCAUCAUGGUCAUCUUGAUCCGACACAACGUCAAUUAAACCAUUUACGGGUUGAACUCGAAAAUGAAAUGGCAGAAUUAAAUAACGAUGAAAAUCAUUAUCAACAACGACAGCAACCUAGUGAAUGGUCUUCCUCAUUGGAUAAUCGCAUUCAUCAAGAUGAUGAGCAAUUGUUUGGUGGUAUGGAUGGCAAUAAUCAGGAUGUUGCUUCUUCUUCAGCGGAGAUGGAUACAGAAAAUAGAUCUUCCUCAAGUCGUACUAUUUCUAAACCAACCUUGGAUUCUAUUCAUGACGAUGAUAAAGACUAUUUUAUUCAUAAUGAUACUGAAAACAAGGAAGAAGAGCAAGAAGAGGAUUGGUCUAAUAAUAAUAAUAAUAAUGGUGUUGAUGAUGACGAGAUGGAUGAACAAUGGGAAAAUGAUGAUGAUGAUGAUGAAGAUAGCUUACCUGAUUUAAUUGAUAAUGAUCAUAGACGUCUUAAUAAUGAUACCAUUCGACGAAUUCUUCAAGAUCAUUUGGCAGGUAAUGCUAAUCUUCAUAUGAAUCAACCUGCUGAACGUCAAAGAGAUAUGGUGGCUGCACUUGAACGAGAAUUAUUACAGAAUCGUCCACGACAGCAACAACCUCAGCCUCGUGAUCCUCCAGUAGCUGUAGGCGCAGCUGCUGCUGCCGCUGAUGAUGAUAAUGAACCACUGGAUGUAGGAGAUGAUAUUAAUGGUGUUCUUGAAGCUAUUGGCAUGAGAGGAAAUCCAUGGAUGUUGGUUCAAAACUCUGUCUUAAUGUCACUCAUGAUUAGUUUAUGUCUUGGUAUUGCUGUUUGGAUUCCUUAUGUUGUAGGGCGCUUAAUCAUUUUGGUUCGACCCAUUACAUUUAUUGAAACACCUAUCUAUAUGAUGAGAUUGAUUACAGAUCCUUUAGUUGACUUUGCAUUAGAUCACAUGUUUCCAUUUAUUUGGUCCUAUAUUCAAGAUUUUAUUCAAUUAAUAAUGCCAAAAAAGAUUCAAGUAGCACUCCAAACAACACAAAAACAGAUGAUUCAAAUGAUGGAAUCUUCUAUAUUAUUGACUUCUUCUGAAUCAAAUCAGCCUAUUAACAUGACCUUGGAUUCAGUACAUGAUGAAAAUAGAAUAGUCAACAUGGAUUGGAGUAUAAUUCAACAAAAAAUAGAAGAAUUAAGUUUAACAGCCUUGAAAAGAUGGCAUCAAUUUGCUAUUGGACAAACAGGAUUAGAUCGUAGUGUAUGCGUGAUUGUGGGUUAUUUGGUUUUAAUUGGAUUAGGAUCAUGGUAUUUAACACACGGUAGAAAUAGAGCUCAUUUACGUCGUCGUCCAGCUGUAAGAACAACAGCAGAAAAGAUUCAGGAAAUCAUUCAUCAACAAGGAAUAUUCUUAAAGGUCCUUUUUUUCAUUUUGAUUGAACUUGUUGUCUUCCCUACUGUGUGUGGAUUUUUAUUGGAUAUGUCUACUUUACCUUUGUUUGCAAAUGCUACAAUUGGGUCACGUUAUGCUUUUCAUACAAGGAGCCCUUAUUCUUCUUAUUUCCUUCAUUGGUUUCUAGGCACAGGUGUUUUAUUUUAUUUCGCUAUCUUUAUUACCGUCUGUCGAGAGAUUAUUCGACCUGGUGUUAUGUGGUUUAUUCGAGAUCCUAAUGACCCACAAUUUCAUCCUGUACAAGAGAUGGUAGAACGACCUUUGCCAAACCUUUUACAUAAAAUCAGUCAAUCAGCUCUUAUUUAUUCUGUCAUACUUGUCUUUGGUGUUGGUACAGUCACGUAUACACUUGCUUAUACACGUCUUAUUUUCCCACUUUCUUUACCUUUUAAUGCACCUUUAUCCACAUUGGCGAUUGAUCUGCUGAUUAUUCAAUUCUUAUUGCCUCCUUUGUUUAAUUUUAUUAAACCCCGUGAUUAUUCCAAGAGAGCACUUGAUAUCUGGUGGCACUUUGCAAGCCGUCAGUUACGUUUAACUUCCUUUAUGUUUAAUGAGCGUAGACCUGAAGAAGAGGGUCAUCAUGUUCGACGAUCAGUAAAGGCCUGGUUAACGAUGGCUAAAGCAGAGAUCCCUACUGAUGAAUUUUCUGAAGUGGCCAUUCAUGAUGAUGAUGAUUCACUUCAACAAGAUGUUAUAUUCAGACGAGAUGGUAUGAUGGUACGUGUUCCAAAGUAUGAUAGUGUACCUGUUGAUCCUAAACGUCGUAUGAUUGUGCCUGUUGAUCCUGUUACAUUUGAGGCUAUUGAUGAAGAAGAAAGAAGAAGAGGACAUCCUGCAGCUGCUGAUACUGUGGAUGAAUCACAAGCCACCAUUGUUGUUUAUAUUCCACCUUACUUUAAACAAAGAGUUAUUAUCUUUUUAUUAUACAUGUGGUUUUCUAUUUCAGUUUUUGCAUGUUCAGUUACAGUUUUGCCAUUGCUUAUUGGACGUACUCUUUUCAAAUUAUAUCUUGCCCCUGAAUCAAGUGUAAAUGAUUUUUAUUCAUUUGCUCUUGGUAUUUAUAUUAUGGUGGGUAUCAUUCUUGUUAUUCGUUGGAUAAGUGUAUGGUAUACUAUGAUAAACAGUCAUCAAUCAAACCAAAAUGAAAUCAUGACCUUUAUAAAGGAAAAGACAAGCAAGGCUGGUAAAUUUAUUUAUUUGUCAAGUAUGUUUGGAUUAGUGAUACCUCUUUUAAUUGGAAUUGCUGUUGAUUUAUUUGUAUUUAUGCCUAUUCGUAGCAUAAAUCCAGAAAGCAGUGAUUUAGUUAUUGAUAUUACUCAGAAUUGGUCUUUUGGUGUUGCUUACAUGAGUAUCAUUCAUAAUAUAAUUCAUGUACUUCCUGCUAAUAAUAGACUUCGAAGAAAAUUGAACGAGAUUAUAGGUGAAGGUAUUAUGCAAGCUGAUUUAUGGACCCUCACACGUACAAUCAUUAUUCCUGUGAUCCUUUCUGCAUUACUUGCAAUAACUAUACCUGGUAUUAUUUCUUGGAGUAUACUUCAAACAUUGGAUUCAAAUAUGAAAAAUGAUCCUUUUACUCGAAUUACUAUUACAAGAUACACUUAUCCAAUUGUAUUUGGUCUAUUUGUAUUUGUCUUGAUUGGUUUAGCCUUGAAGAAACUUUUUAAUAUUUGGACAGAAACUGUGAGAGAUGAUACUUAUUUAAUAGGGAAAAGAUUGCAUAAUUUGCAGACUCAUCAUGGCCCUGCAUCAACUAUAGACAAUGCAGCCAAUUAA